CGCGGGCGCAGGCGUUACGCACGGUCCCGCCGGCGCGCCCGCACGCCGCCCCCCACUGACUGGGAGCUGACCCCCGAUCUGGAGUCGCACAUCCCAUCCCACACGAUAGCGGUGCCCCGCGCGCCGCCGACGCCUACGCCGCUGGACAAUCUCCUGGCGGUCGCUGAGCUGGAGUUUAACCAGCAGCGCGAGGAACGGCUUCUCGAGUUGGAAGGCUUCCUGCCCACAGAGGAGGUCGCGCGGGACGACAUGUCGUUCGAGCUCGGAGAGCCGAAGUCUACCGAGGAGAUGUUCUACGAGCGAAAGGCGCCGGCGCCCGGCGAGCGCACCGACGAAUCGUACCCGAGUGACGUCGCCGCCCACAAGGACCUCUUCGAAACUAUCAGCGAGGCGCACUAUCUCCCAGAACUGGAUGGACCCCACGACGAGACCUUACUGGAGUCUCUGGUUGAAAAAGGAUGCGAGGACAACCAAAUCCUGGGGCAAACGCUGGACAAGCUGGCGCACCUCGUGCACGGGUCCGGAGAGUACGCCGACGAGGAAGAGGACAUGCUGCUCGGCGACGCCCCUGUGGCUGACAUCAUCGACCGCCUGGAGCAUUCUCUAGAAUCUCCGGGGCAGAGCAGCAUCACCGCGGCGCAGGGCUUGCUGCAUCUGCACCACAUAGGCGAUCACAUGCAACCGCCCGAGCACCGGCAAAUGGUUGAGCCGACAUUCAUAUCAGAUCAAGUUUUCCCACGCGAGGAUCGAACCGAAUGUUCCCUGGAAACCAUAAGCGGCAACGCAGACAUACGAGGGACGAAUGAGUUGAACAAUAUAGAAUUUGAUCAUAGUGCCGAAAAGAUGCUACAAAAUGACGUCAUAUCAAAUGAUACGAUGUAUUCUGAACCCGUACCUGAUCCCAAUGGGACUUACGUUGAAAAAUCUUUUGAAGAGCAGCGACCGAAUUUGACGGAGCCGGCGUACUCCGAUAUCAGCGAUGUGAACGAACCCAUCCACGACACCGACACGGAUGUCGCCGAUCAGAUGGAGGAGAAGUGCGUGCCCGAGGAGCAAACGUGCAACGAAGAGGCGAUGGCGCCCGCGAUACACGUUACAGAAAAUAUGAAAGACAUGGAUGAUAUUAGUAACGAUGAAAUGCCCACCGAUCUGAGCAUAAAGAGUAUCGAUAAGAAUAUGAGCCAACACGUGGUGGCUAGCGAUGCUCACACCACAAACGCGAUAGAAGACAACCUGUCGGACAAAAGUGACGAACAACCUAAAGAUUUAAGUGUGCAUCGACGGCUGCCCACUCCGCAUGCGUCGCCGCGCAGGACAGACAUACCGCGGGCGCCCUCAAGAGAGUCGGAUGCGAUGCAGUCACCGCAACCAAGCGGUAUUCCCGCCGUGCCAUCUUCGCCGGAAAUAUUUACUAUGCCACUCACAAAAAGUAAACAGACCUUGUUUUUGGAAACGUUGCUUUCCUCGCCAUCGCCUAAAAUGUACACAUCAGAGGUCACGAUAACAAAACAGCAAUGCGAGCCCUUGAAUUUGGGUAAACAUAGGAAAUCGGCAAGUCCCACGGUUUCGAGCUGUUCCGAUGAAAUGCGAAAACUUAAUAAAGAUUUCGGUGAGCCGCAGGAGAAAAAAAUGAGAAGAGAAUCUAACGAGGACCUCGUCAAGAUAACUAAAGUUUUUAAUAAGUGCAGUGAAGAUCAAAACGUCGAUAAAUCUAAAAAGUCCGAUAGAGUCGCCCAAAAACCGACAGUCGACAUGUCCCCAUUAAAACAACUACAUCUUUUGAUAACGAGUUCCGAAUUUAACAUUCCAGAUCCCCUUUUAGUCCCUAAGGAUAAACUUAAUGCAAUUAUUGCGGCCCCUGGCAGGGAAAUCCCAAGGUUAUUGAUUCAAAGACCGGAAUUAAUGCUGCCGGCGGCGUUCGCUUUUCCCGCGGUCUUGCAAGAUCCAGACAUAAGCGUCGUAGCGCUGUCACAGUUGGAGCAAAUGAUUAUAGAAAACGAUCAGAAAAAGCUUACAUCUCCAAAGUUAAAAGAAUCUAAGUCCGCCCCGCCGAAGAGCUCGGCGACAGCUAUCAGCUCGAGUGCAGAAAAAUCCAACACGCCCCAGCCGGAUCAAACUAACCAACCCAAGCCGAUACCUUCUAUGGACGCUUUGGCCGGUGAUAUAGAUGCUGCCACCUCCGCGGCUCUAAACCAGAUGCUGUGGCUACCCUACCUCAGCCAGCUAGAGGCGAUGGCGGCCUGCUCUCAGAACAUGGACUUCCUAAAGGCGUUAAACUCCUCCGGAUACUCGGGGGUCAAUUACAACGACCUGUCCCAAAUGUUCAAUCCCUCGGCACGAUUCAUGGGUCCGUCAGGCUUCCCGAUGAUGCCUCCGAUGGACUAUGAUAAUCGAUUGCAAUUUGCCAUGUGGCAGGAGGCGAUGAACCAAGCGAACCCUCCGGUUCCCCAUAGAUCGAAACCUUCUCUGGAGGCCCAAAUGAAGGAGCUGUCUAAAGCUAGCGACGUCCAGAACCCUUAUGUGCACUCGACAAAGAGCCAUCAAGGUAAACCGCACUCGUCCGCUCGAACGAGUCCCAUAGCUCACAACUACAAUAACCAGCGGCCCUUGCCCCACAACCCCUUUCUGCAGGGCAUGUAUUCCGGGAUGACGCCUAACAUUCGACCCAACAUGCCGCUGCCGGGUCUACAAAUACCGUAUUUCAAUCCGGCUCUCGCAAGCCAGAGAUCGCCUCGGACCGGGCACCAGAAGAGUCCGUCGUCGCCGUACUAUCCGAACAAUAAUUAUCUGCAAUCGGUGAAGCAGUCUGAGGCGAGCCAUCAAAGAAGCUCGCCGAGUUCGCAAGAAUCCCCGCGACCGCGAAUCACCGUCAAGUCGCUGCAGAACCUGAUGGAGCCGACGGCGGCGGCGGCGGCAUCGAGCGUGGUGGCUCGGCGAGCGAGCGCCGCUCCGGCCGCGCUGGGCCGCCGCCGUGAGGAGCCCGAGGUGGGCAGCACGACUUCGGGCGAGCCACCGCCGCAGCCCCCGCCGCAUCCCCAGCCGCACCCGCACGACCCUGCUUCCUUCCACCUAUGGCAUCCACUAUUUGGCAACCAAAAAAGCUGCUACAGCCCUUGGAAUUGGACGUCGGUGACGGCGACAGGCGACUGACCGCGGGCGCCGCGC